CUGGUAGAAGGUGAGUGUGAGGGCUGGGAGCAGAGGAGCCAGGCCAACACCUCACCUUUCCAAGGUGAGUAAGAGAAUAUUCUGGGCCAGGAUUGGGUGGGGCAGCCUGAUCCAGGGGCUGGCCUGAAGGGAGGUUGGGGGUGGGGCUGGAAGGCUUUCUCCUCCUUCAGCAACCCUCCCCCCACCCUACCUGAGCUCUCCGGAGCUUUGGCCCUCCCUGGGGGGCAGUCUGGGGGCUGUGGUUCAGACUCUUUAUGUAGGGCAGCAUUCAACAUUGGUUUCCCUUUGCCCUCUUUCAGCAACUUAUAAUUAACCCACCCCUACCACCAAAAAUUACAACAAAUAAAACCCUCCCAGGCUCCAAACCACUAUCAACCAAGCAGCAGCCUUCCCCUCCCCACAGUUUCACAUUCCUCUUCCGACCCAAUUGGCCAGUCCUCAAUGCAGACGAUCCCAGACAGGAAUGGGGAGGGACCCACUGGGAAAUUUGGGACUCUCUUCUGAGAGACGGUGGCCCUCCAGGGAAUUCCUGUUCCCUCACCUGCCUGGUGGUAGGGGGACAGGGCAUUGUCCUCCUGGGGAGAGGGUAUCCAGGGGCCCCCAAGCCUGGCUCCCAGUGAGCCUGGGGUGAGGAGAGACUCGGCACUGGAGGAUAGAGGGUGGCCAGCGGGCCCAGGCGGUUCUCAUUCCUGCCCUCAGGGUGAGCCCUCAUUUGAACGUGGGGACCCCCUCUCCCACAUCCCUAAGGUGGUGAAAGACAGGUGGGGAAUCUCCUGCCUUCAGUCUCCCUCUCACGAGGGCUUUAUUUUUUUUUCUCCCUUUCCCCUCCUCAUUCCCUUAAUUGCAGAUGUUCUAAUUAAACCCUCAAAUAGUUGUUAUGCCGUUUUAAAAGGUACUUAUUCAAGUGUCAACCAGGCUGGGCUGGUAGGAGGCAGCGUAGGGCGGCGAAUUAAAGGUAGAUUGACUAAUCACGGCGGCGAUCAUAAUAAUAAAAUCAGAGGGAAAAAAAUCACAUUACGACUUUUCGUGGAAAGGAGGGAGCAGGCAGCCAGCGGCCGCCAGCCCUGCGCCGCCGCCGACACAAAGAGUGCGGGCGAUUCCGCGAGACUGAUUUAUGACGUUUUACAGCCCUAUAAAAGCUGUAGCGACGAGGCAAGCGCUCCUACCACCGCUGGCAGAUUUAGUCUAAUAAAUAAAACAUAAACAGUUAACUUUAUGUGUCACUUUUAUUGUUAUCAAGUAAAAUAUAGCCGAGCCCCGGCAAGCUAUGAUUUUAAACUAUAAUUGUUAUCAAGUACAACAAGGGGACCCAGCUCCCUCCCUGGGCUCUCCCUUCUGCCACCCCCCAACUCUGAGUUAUGGGAUCAGCUAAUUGGAAUUAGUGGCACGACGUGGCCACCCCUGGCUGGGGUGGGGGGGCAUCAGAAAAAGCAGCCCUUUCUUGCCCCCUCCCUUCUCCAUGGCCCUGCCACCCCACCAUCAGGGUAUUCCUGUGGGUGGGUGGCAGAGAGAGGGGAGCGGGUAGGAAUGGACUGGAGACCCCCAAGUUCUGCCCAGCCUCCCCAGCUUGGUGAGCUCACCCCUCAGCUUUUGGAAAGCAGCCUGGAGCCGGCCCUUGGGAAUGUGUGUUUACAUGUAAACACAUGUGUUACAUGGAUACAAUCCCUGGCCGGAAGCAGGCUCUGCCCACACAGGCCUCCCCCUUAGCUAGGUCGGCGCUCUGUGGGGAUGAAGCAAGAAGAGCUCCCAGGGCCUUGGCUGGGCACCAUCGCAGGGCACUGACCCCUGGCAGAUCCCUCUCCUCCUUGCCGCAGGUCCUUAGGAACCAGCCCUGGAGGUAGUUGUCAGAAAGCAGCAGGCCCAACGGAAUGAGAGUGGAAACAGCAGUGAGCAGAAGAGAUCCUCCGCUCUGGGGCCGGGGCAGGGAGGGUCAGUGGGUACUAGGGGAGGAGGGCAAGGCUUCUGAACUCUGCUUUUGCCAACCACUUCCUGUCUCUCUUCAGCGGGGGGCUCAACCCCCAGGCCUCCAGAAAUGACGUCAGAAUCCUUUGCAUCCCGCUGCCUCUACCUGCCCGGUCAGGCUGGGACCCUGCCUCGCCAGCCCCAUGGCCAGAGGGUUGGGUGAGUGUGUAUGGGGAAGGGGGCAGGACUCUGGUAUCCUUGGAUGGGGGGCACCCCAGGCUCUCCAGCCUCCUGGGCUCAGCCUGGGCCCCUCCCCAUCCAACCUCCACUCCAGUCCUCCUCAUUCAACUUCCUCUUCCUGCAAAAGAGGGGCGCUGCCCGGUGACCUACACAGACUGAGACAGGAUCAGGAUCGCCAUGAAUGGAGACCUCUGGAAAAGCUCUGGAGCCGAGGCCCAGGGGGCCCACCGGAGGCCCACGGGGAGACCCUGGGAGGGGGCUGAACCGCAGCCUCCCCACAGCCCCCCAAAGCCCAGGCUUUGGAAGGGAGCUGAGGGCUUCCCAUCCCCUUUUGCAGGGGAGGGCUGUCAGUCGGCGGGGUGCGCACUGGGGGCACCUCAGCCCCCACCGGCUAGCCCCACAUCACCACCACCACCGCCCCGAGCACCACCACCACCACCACCACGCACAAAAAAAAUUGGAUACAUUUUGAAUAAAGCGAUUCGGUUCCUUAUCCGGGGACUGGGUUGCUCCGUGUGAUUGGCCGGCGGAGUCACAUGGUGAAAGUAACUUUACAGGGUCGCUAGCUAGUAGGAGGGCUUUAUGGAGCAGAAAAACGACAAAGCGAGAAAAAUUAUUUUCCACUCCAGAAAUUAAUGAUCAUGAGCUCGUAUUUGAUGGACUCUAACUACAUCGAUCCGAAAUUUCCUCCAUGCGAAGAAUAUUCGCAAAAUAGCUACAUCCCUGAACACAGUCCGGAAUAUUACGGCCGGACCAGGGAAUCGGGAUUCCAGCAUCACCACCAGGAGCUGUACCCACCACCGCCUCCGCGCCCUAGCUACCCCGAGCGCCAGUAUAGCUGCACCAGUCUCCAGGGGCCGGGCAAUUCGCGAGGCCACGGGCCGGCCCAGGCGGGCCACCACCAGCCCGAGAAAUCACAGCCGCUCUGCGAGCCGGCGCCUCUAUCAGGCGCCUCCGCCUCCCCGUCCCCAGCCCCGCCAGCCUGCAGCCAGCCAGCCCCUGACCAUCCCUCCAGCGCCGCCAGCAAGCAACCCAUAGUCUACCCAUGGAUGAAAAAAAUCCACGUUAGCACGGUGAACCCCAAUUAUAACGGAGGGGAACCCAAGCGCUCGAGGACAGCCUACACCCGGCAGCAAGUCCUGGAAUUAGAGAAAGAGUUUCAUUACAAUCGCUACCUGACCCGAAGGAGAAGGAUCGAGAUCGCCCACUCGCUGUGCCUCUCUGAGAGGCAGAUCAAAAUCUGGUUCCAAAACCGUCGCAUGAAAUGGAAGAAGGACCACCGACUCCCCAACACCAAAGUCAGGUCAGCGCCCCCGGCCGGCGCUGCGCCCAGCACCCUCUCGGCAGCCACCCCGGGCACUUCUGAAGACCACUCCCAGAGCGCCACGCCGCCAGAGCAACGGGCAGAGGACAUUACCAGGUUAUAAAACAUAACUCACACCCUGCCCCCACCCCGUGCCCCCGUCCUCCCCUCACACACAAA